UUGGCUCAAACGAAAAAGCUGAGCGCGGCAGUCAUGCCGGCGGUUGAUGAGGAGCGUCCUCACUUGGCCACGGUGACGUCAUUUUGGACAGCGGCCUGGUGGGGUUUCAUAGGCAGCGACAAGGUGGACUGCCAAGAUGGCAGCCCCAGCAGUCAGGCGGCACCGCGGAGCGCGCGCUGCGGUCGGCCCUGCGUGGUGGUGCCGUUGAUGCUGUGCGCGGCCGCCCUGGGGUCCUUGGUGACCCUGCGUUUGCAAAAGGCUGGGGCAGUGCUGACCACAGUGCCCAUGAGUCCCUACCACGAUCGCUUGCAGUCAUCGGUUCGCUUCUUCCCCUCCAGGGCGAGCGAGGUUCUGGGAGAGCUGAGCGUGAAGGAAGUGCAGGAGAUUUCUGCUUGGUUCAUGCUGCAGACGGGUGCCGCACCCUGCCGCGCGUUUGAAAACGUCAGGACCUGGCUGGCUGGACCCUCGGCGGUGGAGUUGUUGAGGCCUCCCAAGGCAGAGACUCUGGCCUACUUGGACGGCAAGGGUGUGAAGCCUCCGCGUUUCGCGCGGGUGACCAUGGUCACCAAUAGCUCGGUGCUGGAGUUCAAGGUGGGUCCCGUGGAGGAUCUGAGCAAGGCCAAGAUCAGCGAGCUGGUGCCCAAGGGAGCGAUUCCUUACUCCAAACGACCUGGCUUUGAGGAGACCUGGUUCGUCAAGCCCAUCUACGAUGCGGUGGUGACAGAGCUUGGGGCCUCUCUGUUGGUGAAAGCAUUCGGCCCCAUCUGGCCUCAGCUGGCAGGCUAUGACCCCUCCCGCGGCACCGUGUCCUUCCUGCCCCGGAACGAUCCGCUGGCGCCGCGCGGCACGCGGCGCAUUCGCAUCAAGAGCGUGGUGGUGCCGCCGGCGCCGUCGCGGCCCGAUGCGCAGUGGCUGAAUCCCCUGCCGUUGGACAUGGAGGUGAAUAUCACCGCCUGGAACGUGUCGGAGUGGAGCAUCAACCACAUCACCUUCUGCAACCAGGGACCCUUUGAUUCGCCCAAGACUUUGUUGCAGGCCUACUCCAAGGGCCAGCUGCAGAUGUGCAACGCCACCUUCUCGGCAGGCCAUUGGGAUACUCCACAGAGGGAAUCUCCAAGGGGAACUCUGCGUAAUGAGAGCCACCACAACGGCGUUUCCUGGGGUCCUUGGAGCUUUUCUGUGACCCAGAGGCCCUCCACAGGCAUUGCAGUGACGGACAUCCGCUUCCGCGGGGAACGCAUCGUUUACGAGCUGGCCCUGAUGGAUUCACAGGCGAUCUACGGCGGCUCCUUGCGGGAUCAGUUCAUGUACUCAGAUAGCGCCUACACCAUGUCCCAAUGGAGCACGUCCCUGGAGCCCGGUGUGGACUGCCCCGACAAGGCGACCUACCUCUCCGCGGCCAACUGGAUGGGACCGGACAUGAGCCGACGGCCGGAUCCCAGGGAGGCGCAGGAGUUCUGGCCCAUCUGCGUUUUCGACUGGGUGGAGGACCACGAGAUCUGGCGCCACAUGGACGCAGCGCAGAGCCGCGGCUACGUGCGCAAGACGGUGGUGGUGAGAUCCAUUGCCACAGUGGGCAACUACGAUUACAUCAUGGACGUGAAGUUCCGUAAGGACGGUGAAAUCAACGUGGAGACCCGCUUCGCUGGAUAUCCCGAGACCCGCUUCCCUGGACAGGGCGAGGAAGUCUUUAGCACCCUGGUGCGUGACGGCGUGGCGGGCAUCGUCCACACGCACAGCGUGGCCUGGAAAGCGGACAUCGAAGUGGCAGGGCAAAAGAACGCCUUGCACGUGACAGAGGUGCGUGAACACGAGUCGUCAGGUCUUGGAGUGAACUGGAAGGCGGAUGGACAGGAGCAACGUUUCCCCACCAAGAUCUUGCAGCACCACUAUGUGGACCGGGAAGGUGCCAAUUCGACCUUUGUGGCGGACACGCGGGUGCCAAAAGCCUGGGCCAUCGUGAAUCGCAAUAGCUCCGUGUCCAGUGGAGCAUGGAAGAACCCUCGCGGCUAUCGCAUCGAGCUGCUGUCCUUCUCCACGGCCCAAGUGCAUUCCCCAGAGCAUCCCUUCGUCAAGGCCAUGCCGUGGACGAAGUAUCACCUGGCUGUAACCAAGUAUCAGGACAACGAGUACCGGCCAUCCUCACCCUAUGUGAAUUUUGAUGGUCUUCAGCCUUUGAGUGGCCCAUAUGCUCAAGAUUUAGAUGUCUUCUUGUCCAACAAUGAGUCUUUGAUGGAUGAGGAUCUGGUCGCUUGGAUCGGCCUCAACAAGGAACACAUCGUGCGACAGGAAGACAUUCCAUUGGUCUCCAACUUUGGUGUGUCCUUCUCCCUGCAGCCCUGGAACUUCUUCGAUCUGAACACCGGCUCCAAUCCUCCCUCGGAGCUUUGACCGAAGUGAAACCGGGAUUUCGGAUCGAGGUUUCGACCGAUGUUGAAC